CUGACGUUUCCCUCUACACGUUCCAACAUGUCCACUGAAAUUCGGGCUAUUUCCUGCCGAAUAACAUUCUUCAGCUGAAGCAGGUUUGUGGGGCGAUGUUUAAAAAACUUUGCAUUCAAAAAUUCCUGCAUUCAUCUCUAAAUAGAAGAGGAGAAAUCCAUUCAGCUGGUGAUUUAAGAUGUUUUUAGUCAUACUGGUCCAACUGCUGAUGCACAAUGUGUUGGUGCAGAGCACUGAGACUCGUGAAGCCUUCAUAAGUGAUACAGUCAUCUUACCGUGUUCCAUCGACCCCACUGCAGCAGGUGGGGAUGUGAUUUGGCGAGAUGAAGAAGAAAAAACGGUAGCUGAUAUCAUCAUGGGUAAAGGAGAUUUUUCUGACCAGCACCCAGAAUACAGAGGCAGAGUUCAAACUUUUCCAAAUGAGAUUGCAAAAGGAAACUUCUCCAUCGUGCUGAGUAAUGUGAACACCACAGACUCGGGAAUUUACACCUGUUACGCCCCUAAACCUGUUCAGAGAGUAGAACUGAGAGUUACAGUACAUCCAGUAAAAAAUGGUGGUGAUAUGAGCAGAGCAAGCAGCGUGUUCCUGCUGGGGUUCAGCCUAUGCUACAGUUUGGCCUUUUUAAGACAACAUAAACCUCAACCUGUAUUGUUCUUUCAUCAGCUUCUGCUGUUUUUCAUGGCCGAUCUUUUUGGUGUCUGUUGCUCAGUACACUAGUGGUUUCUUUCUUUUUCUUUCUGGCGAACAUGCUGGAUCUUGUUUGUGGAAACAUCUCCGGCACAUACCAUUGAGAGUGACUACUCCAGUUACAUCUCUGUUAUACUAAUUCCAGUACCCAGACUGCUCAUCAGAUGCUCCAAACUGGUUCUGUGACAGUGAGGUCUUCCUUCCAGAUGGGCUGGACUAGACAACUGGUAGAGUGCUCAGGAAAUGUGCAGACCAGCUAGUGAAUGUCUUUAAUUACAUUUUUAAUGAUUCCCUUAUAAGCGCUGUCAUUGCAACCUGCUUUAAAACCACCACCAUCAUCCCCGUGCCAAAGAAGUCUUCAGUUUCAUGCCUCAAUGACUGUCACACUCACACCCAUCAUCGUAAAAUGCUUUGAGAGGCACAUGAAGACCCGUUUGCCACCCUUACUGGACCCUUUGCAGUUUACGUCCCAAUCGCUUCACAGACGAUGCCAUUGCCACCAUCCUCUACCUGAACCUUACACACCCGAACAAAAGGACACUUGCAUACGAAUGCUGCUCAUAGACUUCAUUUGAACACAAUCCUCCCUCAGCACCUGAUUGAAAAGCUGAGCCUGCUGGGCCUGAACACGUCCCUCAGCAACUGGAUCCUUGACUUCAAACCUAACCAACAGUAUCAAAGCCAAAUAACGAAACCUUUAUUUUAAAGUAAAAUAGCAAUUUGCCUUAAGCUCUCUCUGUUAAAAUGUGUAGUGUUAAAGCUUAAAAUGCUGUCACAAGUUUCUAAAUAUUUAACCCAGCAUUAGUUAAAAGAACAGCACAUGUUUUUUUGCUGUGUAUGAGCAUGUGAAGUGAAUGCCUAUUAAAAGUUUGCCAUCCUUGUGUAAAAGCGUUGUUGUGGGU